AUGGAAUUACGACGUUAUAUACACAUACUAAUAUGCCUAGGAUAUCUGACGUCUUGUCUUGCGGCUCCAGGAUUUUCAUCUAAGAAACGCAGUGUACCAACACUGAAUAUAAAUGGAGACGACCCGCUGUUGGUAUCAAAUUUUGAAAACAUUGGAAAGGAUCCAUCUCUGAUAAAUGAUACUGAGAACUUUACAACAGAGAACUAUGAAAAUACUGAAAUUACCACAAGCGAAACUGAGAUGGACGAACCUUCUACCCCUAGUUUCAAAAACGAGUCCACUGAAACGACGACAGAAUCAGAUUUGUUAUUUCAACCAAUAGAUGAGUAUAUACUAGAGUCCAUCAAUAGUCCAGAUCUUUUGGCAUCACUUAUUGGCUGA